AUGCUGUUCCUCAUACUUGCCGCGCUGCUCGCCACGGCCGAAGCCCAGAAUCCGCUGACGAAGGCGUGGAACGAGGCGGUGCCGGGCGUGCAGCCCUUCUGGGAGAAGUACCAGACGGGGCCGCACGGCGUCGUCAUCCGCGGCUGGCAGUUCAGCAGAUGCGCCAGCGAGCAAUGGACCAACUACGUCGUCAACGUCUCCAACAUCGUCAUCUGGCCGGAUUAUCCGCGGUUCCCGGGUCCGAUCUUCUUCAACGUCACCAUGGACGUCAGCGAGGACUUGCCCGUCGAGAAGAUCGAGAUGGACCUCGAGGUGAGAGUCGUGGGAAAAUUCGUUUUGAUUUCGAAUCUUGACUACUUUCUCAGGUAAAAGUUGGGAAGCUUCUGCUUUUUUGGAAGCUUUCCAGCAAGUGGCCUAACGCCUUCCACAUAGCUUCCCAACACCUUCUACUUAAAAAAAGCCUGCCGGAAGCCUUCCAGAAGCUUUCCAGCAGGCUUCUGGAAGGCUUCCGGUAGGCGUUUUUUAUUUUAACCUUCCCAAUAAUUUCCCUUCUAGCUUCCAUACACCUUCUAACCUUCUGCUGGUUACCUUCCCGAGUUGAAGAUUACGCUCUUAUUUACGUUUAUGUGAAUUUCAUUAUAGGAUUAUUGAAAAUAAAGUAUUGCAGGUUCGCCACGCCGUGACCAACAAACAAGGCUCCAAGGGGUGGCAAGUAAUUCCUUGCCAGGGAUGGAACAUCAUCGACGGAUGUGAUGGGGUCGGAUCUUGGUGGGUUUAUAAUGUCCUUAUAUUGCUUUCUAUAGCUCCAUCCUUUCUUCUUUUUGCGCGGCGUCUUCGCCCCUUUUCCUAACCCUUUAUUUGAGGUUCCCUGAGGGCUCCAAGUUUCUAGAAAAAUCAAGCCAUUUUUUGAUUAUUAAGACCCAAAUACUCGAAUUAUACAAACCUACAGACUAAAUUAUGAUUUUAUGAAAUUAUCAAAUAACUCCUAUCGCGGCGGGAAUCGAACUUUUGACCCUUUGAACGGAAGACAGGUACACAACCUAUUGCGCCAUGGUGGGCCUUUAGCUUCUUCUGAGGAUUAGAAGAGAGGGGGAGGCGUUUAAAGCGUACAAGCGGAAAGGGGGGGGGGAUUUUUCAAAGGGUUUCUAGAAGAUUUCCAGUUAAAAUAACGUUCUAAAAAGUUCGAUUGAAAAAAAGAAAACUCACAGCCGAUACUGCGACAUGCUGGACAAGUGCAACGAAGCCGUCAAAGGCGCCCACAAGUACAUCAAGGACCGGAAAGCCAUCGACUUCCUGAAACAGAACAAGGUUUCUUAAAUCGUACUGUAUCAUACUCCAAAAAUAUACUUCAAAAACAAUGACGCAAGCACAUCCCUAUAGCUUACAAAACCGUUUAAACUUUGAUUUCUGUUCAAAAUUUGCUAAACUUCCAGCUCUGCCCACCACCCAAGGGACACUGGACCAUGACCUUCUCCAAGGUUUUCAGCUCUGAAGACUUGCCAAAGUCCUUCUUCGGACCUCUUCAGUCGGUUAGUUUUGUUUUUUUGGACUAUUUUCACAUUGAGAACUUUGUGAAUUCGAAUAAAAAAUUUAUCAAAAAUGAAAAAAUGAAAGUUUUGAUUCAGAACGAAUACUGGUUGACGUUCUCUUUCACCGACGGCAAGGACAAAAAACUCGGAUGUGCUCGGUGAGUACUACAUUUUUUUCUUAUUUUUUUAACUUACAGUAAGAAGGAUAAAAAUUAAUAAUUUUUCAUGGAAAUUUGACGUUGAUAUCAUAUCCAAGCUCAAAAUAUGCCAAUGAAGUCUAUGAAAACAUUUUUUUGGCUUCUAAAAUUUUUGAAACUAUUUUUUUCUGAUAUUUAGAAAACUAUCGAAGAAAUCAUCAAUCAGCUUUUUCAAAAAAUGAAGAAGUUUUUCAAUAUUUUUAAGAGAAAUAAUACGUUAUCUUUAUUUAUUAACUUGAAUCUGGCCCAAUCGGAGCCUUUUUAUCUAACUUUGGACUGGUCUAACUUUAUUCGAAGACCACAUUGCAAAUUUUGGAGUCCAAAUUCUGAAUCCCCGGGAAAAACUGCACCAAGUGAGUAUUUUGAACUCUCAAAAGUUUUUUUAUAAGGACAAUGAAAAAUCAAAAAAGUUGCUGAAACUUCGUAGAUCUGAUUAAGAGAAAUUAUAACCAUAAAAAGAAAUAAAUUUUACGCUCUUAAGAUUUUUAGUUCAAUUCUAAAGUCUUACAGUUUGUAUUUUUUUUUCCUUUUUGUGAGAAGGGAAACGGGAAUGUGACCUAUUUGAGGCGUUAUAAGUCCACUCCAAAUCAAAAAGAGUUCGAAUGUUUUUUGAAUUUAUAAAAUUUUCAGGGAUUUUACUUCUGCGCAAUUUUUUAACACUUUCCAAAAUAUAUUUCCCUUCAGACUCUGGGUGGACGUCUGCAAGUACCACCUCCAAGACAAGGCCCAAAAAUGCCUGCGAGACCCGAACGCCUUCAAAAACUUCAUCAACGAAAUCUCGUCGCAGGCCGAUCAGAUCCGCAACCGUGGAUAA